AUGGCGCCACCCAAAUCGGCCAUCGGCGACGAGCACUCGGCCCCGGACUUGGAAAUUGUCGGCAAGCAGGUGACUAUCCACCCGUCUGGCUUCACGGGCGGGCCUGAUGCUCAAGAUGACACGAUUACCGAACGAAACCUCUUCCUCCGCGAAGUGAGCCUCUACAUGUCGGGUACCGGCUGGCGCGCAUAUGACGAUGUGAUAGGACAGCCAAUUUUCUACUCGGGCUUCGGUGAGAGGAUGAAGUCUGCUAUUCUCGCUAGUCCCAUGUUGCAGGACAAAGUCAGAGAGCUGGCCAGUACUCGCCUUGCUGUAGAGGAGAAGGAAGGCCUAGUUACGAUUAAAGAAGGCGCGAACAUGGACGAGAAGCGAGCGCGACGUCGACAUGAACUCGAAAGCGGGCUGCGGGAGGUGGUGGACACUAUGAUGGACAAUAUGAUCUGCAAGAUGGAAAGCAAGACGUUCAUUCGAGGCGCAUACUACAUGUGCACCCAGCUCUUGACUCGAGCCUACCACCAGGGUAUUCAUGUGUCCAGCGAGGAGGUUCUGCGUCUGCGGUCGGUAGCUGAGACUGCUGCAACGAACAAGCAGUCCAUUGUGUUCCUCCCGUGCCACAAGUCCCAUGUGGACUAUGUUUCUCUGCAGCUUAUUUGUUACCGUCUGGGAAUCGGUCUUCCAGUUGUUGUCGCCGGCGACAACCUCAAUAUUCCUCUGUUGGGCCCAUUUUUGCAGCAUGCCGGUGCCAUGUGGAUUCGACGCAGUUUCGGAAAUGAUCCCCUCUAUCAUACCGUCGUGCAGGCCUACAUUGACACCCUUCUUCAACAAGGCUUCAAUUUCGAAUGCUUCAUUGAAGGCGGCCGAUCUCGGACAGGAAAGCUUCUUUCCCCUAAGUUUGGCAUCUUGAACUUUAUCGUCGAAAGUGUGCUAUCUGGUCGCGUUAACGACACCAUCAUUUGUCCUGUCAGUACGCAGUACGACAAGGUUAUUGAGACAGAAUCCUACAUAAGCGAACUCCUAGGCCAGCCCAAGCAGAAGGAAAAUCUUGCAGACCUCUUGUCAUCCUCCUCAGUUUUGUCCUUGAAACUGGGCAGAGUCGACGUUCGAUUCCAUGAACCAUGGAGUCUGCGAGAAUUCUUAUGCCAACAGCUCUCCCGGCUCAACCUUUCAGGCAUAGGCAGCGAUCUGAAGCUUGCUCACGCCGAACGUGGUCGGAUCCUCAGAACACUAGGAUAUCGUGUCCUGUCCGAAAUCAAUGAUGUUUCGGUGAUGAUGCCACCCGCGCUCGUCGGAACUGUGCUGUUGACGCUUCGUGGUCGCGGUGUUGGCAAGGCUGAAUUGGUCAGACGAUUGAACUGGCUUUGUGAUCGCGUACGAGCUAAAGGUGGUCGCGUUGCCCACUUCUACCGCUCACCCACAGAAGUGGUGGUCGAUCGUGCCCUCGAUGUACUGGGGCCGAAGCUAGUUGGUGUGAUAUCAGGAUUGGUGGAGCCUACCUACUACGCAGUUGAUCGGUUCCAACUAUCUUUCUAUCGCAACAUGCUUAUUCAUCUCUUCAUUACCGAAGCAUUGGUUUCUGUUGCAAUGUAUACGAAGAUCAAGCAAGGUGGUGGACCCACCAACCAGCGAAUCACCUUUGAAGCUUUAAAAGCUCAAGUCUCCUUCCUUUCACAGCUCUUCCGUGGUGAAUUUAUCUUCCCUCCCGAGGGCUUGAUCACCAAUUUGGAAAAGACAUUGCGAAGCCUGGAGGCGGAUGAUGUGAUCAGUAUUACUCGUGAUAAUUCCGGUGUUCCUCAGUAUGUAGAGCUGAGCGACGCCGAGCGAACGUGCGGCCGAGAAAACUACGACUUCUAUUGUUUCUUGAUUUGGCCCUUCAUUGAAGCCUCGUGGCUCGGUGCUGUGUCACUUUUAGGCCUCACUCCUCCUCUGGAUGGCCCUCAGAACAUCUGGAUAGACAACAAGAAGGCCCAAGAUAGUGCUCAGCUGCUUGGCAAAACUCUCUAUCAUCAAGGAGAUCUCUCGUACUUCGAAGCUGUUAACAAGGAGACCCUCAAGAACUCUUAUCAGCGCUUUGAGGAAGAGGGAAUCAUUCUCAUGUCUAAGAGCAAGGAAUCUCGGGUUGGGCCAUCUUUGAGACUCGCCCCGGAAUGGACACCGGAGAGGGACCCCGAUACUGGAAAGUUGAUCGCUCAAUCCCGCCGCGAAGGCAAAAACCGCCGUGACGGUGCCACAGUCUCGUCGCGAGUUUUGACCAUGUCUGACGUCGUGGGGCGAGAACUCUUCCUCAACGCUGCGGCCCCAACACCCGCUGAUGUAUCUUCUCGGCAGAUGCGUCGCAAGGCGAUCGGCACUGAGUCUAAGCUCUAG